AUGUCCUUCACUGGUCCGGUCACUGUGGGGGGGCCCAACGUCACCCUCCAUGGAGAUGCUUCAUCCAUCUAUGAGCAGAUUCUAGCCCUUAACCCAUCGUUUGAUGCGAGAACCUUUGAGAACCAUCUCAGCGAGCAUAUCAACGGAGCUUCCGUUGAGCGAAGCGGACCACUGAUGGCCACCAAGGGCAACUGGAACUGCAACAAUGGAGUUUCUGUUGAGCGGUACUACUCUCAGUGUGCCAAUGCUAUCAAUCACUUGAUCACCUUGGGCACUUCGUAUUGCAGUGUUGCCCCGAGCACUUGUGCUCGUCAAUUCUCCCAAGUCAGCGUAUAUUGCCGGGAUAUUGCUGUGGACAUGGGUAUCAUUGUUGGCAAGUGUGGCUCGGAUAACGGCAAUGGUGAUACGCGGGCCAAAGGUAGCCUGCACUUUACCAGCCACUACACCUCACUCACACAGCAAGCCUGCUAA